CAAGAGGCAGAGGACUAGGAAGCUGUGAGCUGUAGAUUCUCGGGGACGGUAUCCCACACUAAGAAACGAGGAAGGAUGAGGUGGAGUCUUGUCCUCCUGGUGAGUCUGGGGGUCACAUCCCUGUUCACUCUCGUCGACGGCUGUAACAGAAGCGGGAGCAGCAGCAGCAGCAGCAGCAGCAGCAGAUCAGCGAGAAGAGGACCUUCAAUCUCAUGCCCUUCGGGUAACACUUUCACAGCCAGUUAUGACAAACUGUAUACAGAGGUCUACUGGCCAGAACCUGACGGAUGGGAUUCAGAUAGAGGAUGGCGGACUGAGAGAAUUAAGGGUCCUGCAGCACACUCUAACUUCUAUGAAGGCACCACUGAGGUACGGUACAAGGUUACUGACCUUUACGGGCAAAAGGACUAUUGCUCUUUCUACAUCACAAUUAAAGUGAUAAGAUGCAGCUAUCCGUAUACACCGAGCAAUGGUAAUCGAGAUUGCGACAAUUCGGACAGAAGAUAUGGUACCAUAUGUAGGUAUUCCUGUGAUUAUGGCUUCUGGAUGGACGGUAAUUCCAGAAGAGAUUGUAGGAAGAGCGGCAGCUGGUCCUCAAGCACCCCCACAUGUAGAAGAAGAAGUUGCGGCUCGCCAUCCUUGCCCUCUAGAGCACUGAGUGUAUCCUGUUCCAACGGUUACUACUACCAAAGCCAAUGCACCCUCAACUGUGACUGGAGACGAGGAUACUCGCCGGCCCGUCGUAGCUAUGUUAGGUGUUUCGGAACUGGAUACUGGGAUUACAACUACUGGCGGUGUGAAGAUACAGAGAAACCAAAGAUCUUAAACUGCCCUGAAGGGGAACUGAAGACGACAAGCAAUACCUACGUUUGGUCUACUGUGAGGGCAACGGAUAACUCCGGGAGCGUCACUUUGACCCAGAAGAAAGGUCCAAGGCCAGGGUCAGUGUUGACAGGAGGAGUUCACUUGAUCGAAUAUCGGGCUGUUGACAGUUCGGCCAACCAGGCGAAGGCGUGUACAUUUACAGUCAACUAUGAAGUUCCGCCGUGUUCCAGGCCCGUGACCGGUGACGGCGACUACGACCCGAUCUUCACCUGCCAUUCCAGCAACUACACAAUGGGUUCUUCAUGCCGAGCUGACUGUCCACACAGCUUUGUGCUGGGGAACCCAUACAUCAAUUGUGAGAGGCGCGAGGGCCUCAUCCCUGUCUCCGUGUGGGUGGGCGACAACAACUCCUUCCCUAAGUGCCACAAGAAAACUUGCCCAGAUCUGAAGCCGCCGAGUAAUGGAGCUCUUGCUUGUGACAAGAUGUUCGGAGGAGAAGUCUGCCAAGCGCAAUGCAAUAUUGACCAUGAUGUAGCAGGCGACCGGAACUACCCCAAGACAUACAUCUGUGGUGCCAAGACAGGGUGGAGCCCAUCAGCUGACGUACCUGAUUGUUCCAUAUUGCUAUUCCCUGACAAGUAUAACCUUCCGUCUCAUCUGUUCUACUAUGGCGGAAACUGCUCUGAAGGUGACGCAAAUUCCCAGAUCAAAGCUAAGUUUUUAGUGAAUCUUAUUGAUUCCUCAACUCACAAAUGCGACGAUGGUAAGUGCACUGUUGAAAACGUUGACGUGAAAUGUGGUGCCGUUGAAGCAGCAGACGAUGCAAUUUAUGAAGAAAACGACGACUACUACUACUACUACUACGAAGAAGGUGAUGACCUUGACCUGGAAAAUGAAUAUGGCGAUGACAAUGGCGUUGUGGACCUUGAAUUGAACGGGGAAUAUACGAAUGAAAGUGGAGAAGUAUUAUCGGAGAAGCCUGAACAGACUACAGCUACUGAUCUGUUGUUGAGGAAACGAAGGGAAGUUGGUAACAUGUCUUCUCCGGCACCAAUCGUGAACCUAACGUUGGUUCCUGACAGCGACGAGGGACUCGGCAACGAUACUGAUGUUGGUAGCGGAGGUGUAAGGAUACGGAAAAGGAAACCGUUAUUUCGCGUCGAUGUCAAUUUCAACUUUGAGUUCACCAACAGAACCCGUCCCUUGACGGCAAAGAAUGUGACAGACUACAUCGGCCUCGUCCUCAACUCCACCCGACUGUCUCUCAACGGCACGACAGAAGGAAACUUCAGAAUUGGAAGUAUUGGCAAUCUGACCUGGACCUGUGGACCCGGGAAGGUGACGGCCAACGUGUCAAGGUCACUCUGUGUCGCUUGUCCACGUGGGACGUUCCACAACCAGGAAGUGGACAUCUGUGAGGCGUGUCCUGUCCACACCUACUCCGACACCAGUGGUCAGACAACGUGCACUCAGUGUGGUCAGAUGAAGGGUACCAAGAACAAUGGAAGCAAAACUGAUCGGGACUGUAUCGCGAUGUGCAAGCCUGGAAGUUUUUCUACGACUGGUCUGACACCCUGUGACCCCUGUCCUUUUGCAACAUAUCAACCGAAUCUGUUUGGGAACAGUUGCAUCCCUUGCUCUUCGGACUCGUCCACUGUGGGAAUGGGGAGUUUCAGCGUGGGCCAGUGUGUUCCAUUCGAUAUACUGGUCAAAGGGCCAGUCCGGUUGAAUCUUGGCCCUGUCCUGGACGACUGGACGGAAUACUUGUCCCUCGCCUUCUGGUUCCGAUCGCUACCCCAGAGCAGCAGUAACAUAAAUAUUUCGCUAGAACUGAGUCAUCCCACCAGAGGUCAUCAGAUGACCCUUGAACUGACCACUCGUACAAAGAUAUGGAUGAGAGGACAGGAGAUCAAAGUGUCCACUACCAACGUCCCCAAGGAUCUGUGGACACACAUGGCUGUGGUGUGGAGAGGCUAUCCUAGUUUCGUGGACAUCUACAGGGCAGGCAGCAGGGUGACGCAUUAUGGUGACCACACCCCUCUUUGCUUUGUGCCGAAGGAUAGCAAUCUCACCAUCCACAUCGGGGAAGGAACAGAACUGAGUAUGAGGGAGAUCUACGUGAUGCCGCUAAGCAACGUCUCAGGGACGAUACGUCAGAUGGCUAGAUCCUGCACUCCUGGAAAUGUAGGGUUCGAUUCUCUCAUCAACAAAAUCAAGGCGUCUGAUCCGUCAAAGAUCAGCAUGGUGGUACCCAGUGUCUGUUCAGAGAUCGACCGAUGUUCACCCCACCCCUGCCCCGACCACUACUGUCGAUCGUUCAAGUAUGGCUUCCAGUGCACGUGUAAAGGAGGCUUCUCUGGUGCCACGUGCGACAUACCCCCGGACUACUGUGUCGUGGACAACAAGUGUCAGCAUGACGCCAUGUGUGAGAAUAUCAAGGGAGGGGUGAACUGUACCUGCACUGACGACUAUAAGGGACAGUAUUGUGAAAUAACAAUAGUUCAUGGAAAUUGGAGCACAUGGACCCCAUGGUCAUCGUGCUCUUUGACCUGUGGCGGGGGUGUAAGGUCAAGGUCAAGACGCUGUGACAAUCCAGAGCCUGAGCCUGAUCUCGGGAAACCAUGUGAUGGACCUGCUGAAGACACAGAUGUUUGUAAUGAGAACAGUUGCCCAGAAUGCAAGGAGUCUCAGCUGACCGUGAGCAAGGGCGUAAGUGUCACCUGCACCAACGAGUCGAAAGCCGCCAUGAACUGCUCAGUGUCAUGUGAUGAGGGUCUGGUGUUCCAAGAGGACCCUCCAUUGUAUCAGUGCCAUGAAGAAUUAUGGACCCCUAAGGCAAAGACAAUAUCUUGCGUCCGUUUCCAGAUCCCGGAUAACGUAGCGUUUGAAUACAUCAUCCCUUACAAGACACGAGUCGGCCCCAACAUGACAGACGAUGCUGCCGUUAUCGAACAGAAAGCGGCUGUCUGUGCGUCAAACACUUCCUGUGUUCAGAACGAGGCUUGCACCGUCGUAGUUGCCGUGGAAACGUGUCAACGGGAGGCUGGAGGAUGUGGACAGUUUCCUGAAGGAUACAAGGCGAAAAUGAAGUUCAGAGCUAACUUGGUUGUCAGUAACUGGAGUGCUGCCGAGACAAGGAAGAAUCUUGCACAGGCCUACUCGUCCUUGAACGACAGCUACAAUGACCUGGAGGAGAUGUAUAAGGCGUGCUUCCAGGUGACACUGGCAGAUGGUCCAGUCCAGCCAGGGACGUCCAUUGCAGACAGUGACCUUGCAUGUCCAGUGGGGUCAGUCCCGGACCAAGGCUACUGCACGUCAUGUGCCCCCGGAUCGGUGUCCGACAACGACACGUGUGUUGAGUGCGAUCGAGGCUGGUACCAGGAGGAACAAGGGAAGUUGAAGUGCGACGUGUGUCCAGCUGCCCAUAACACCAAGUUCUUGGGGUCAAGCUUGGCAUCUGAAUGUAUAGCUCCUCCUGCUGAUGCCUUCAUGCUUCUCACUGACCCCAUCACUGGCCACAUCUGGUCUGUCAACAUGUCCGACUUCACACUGAAGCCUGUGGCCUUGCCGGACAACGUGAGACUGGGGUCAUCUGGAUACGACCCUGUAACGAAACCACAUCUUCUAUGCUGACAAAUAUAGACCUGCAAUACACAGUGUUGGGCCCACACACAGCAAGACGUACAUAAAGCUCAACUGGGCUGCCUCUGUAGAUGGUAUAACAAUUGACCCUGUAUCAAGACUCAUAUUCUACACCGACAAAGGCAAUGACGUCAUUGGUGUGGUAACCAUGGAUACAAAAUAUCACAAGAUA